GAUCUCCGAUUGCUCCACACACUAACACCACAUCCUCCUCCAAGCAAAAUCCACUUCCCAUAACUUUCCCUGUGAUUUCAAUUGGAUCACCAUGAAUUUCUUGUCCGGCUUAGCUAAGGGCGGCGACUCCAAGACUCAGCCCGGCGGCGAGGAGAAAUCCUCCACCACCGACCUUUUCGCCGACGCCAAGGUAGUAGCGGAGGCCGCUCGCGCCCAGUUUAGCAACGAGCCGGAGAAGUGCGACAAGGCCAAGGCCGCCGGGUCCGCCGCCGACCUCCUCGACGCCGCCUCCCAGUACGGCAAGCUCGACUCCACCCAGGGCGUCGGCAAGUACGUCGAUCAAGCCGAGGGCUACCUCCGCCAGUACGGCGCCCCCAAAUCCACCCCCGCCAACCACGUGACCGAGACCGAGACCGCUAACCACGUGACCGAGACCCCCAACCACGUGACCGAGACCGCUAACCACGUGACCGAGACCGCCAACCACGUGACCGAGACCGAGAUUCCUAAGCCGGAGGCUGGGGACUACGCGAAGAAGGCGGAGGAGCUGCUCGGUGAGAAGAGCGGGGCAGAGGGUUUGUUGAAGGCUGCCGGCGGUUUCUUUGGCAAAUAAGGUUUAUAGUAGUAUUGUGAACGCGAAAGGCAACGGUGUUUGUUUGUUUGGAUGUUGUGUAAUUCGCACUUACCAGUUUCUGUUAAGGCUUGUAAUAAUGGAUUAGGCUGUUGUUAAUUCUGUACUGUUAUGUUUGGCGUAUAUUUAUUAAGUUUGGUGUAA